GUGACAGAUCCAUACAAUGGGUCCAGAGCUCUCGCUUCCACGGCGAUUGGCAGCGCAGCUCGUCUCGAGUGACUUGUCACACACCAGGAGGAGUUGUCUGAUAUCACGGAAUCAAGAUGCCGAGAAACGUGGAGUAUGAACGUCAAUCGUUUCAGAACUCGCAGGUCGUCCCACGCUCACCUUGCACCACUGGCGCCGACGACGCUGCGCUGCAUCCUUGAAGCGGGAUGCUCACAAGAGCCCAGAUUGCCUCAGCGGCUCCUGACGGCCGUGUCUGUCUGCACCUUCUUGCUUAAGCCGGAACGAGCUCGCAUCGAGCCUAUAUCGGUGACGCUUACGCGCUCCUGUCCUCCUCCAAUUUCACCUGUGCAGGCAUUCAUUUGGCUGUCACCCUUGUUUUGUUCGCUAUCGGCACGGCUCGAGUGCGAUCCGUGGACCUCAAUACAACGAACCAGCUUUCGACACGGAACUGGAAGACGAGCUCGGGUUGGCGCACAGCUGCUAUUCGGCUUUGCGCAAGACUUGCCCGGAGUCAUGCAAUGUUCGUUGCACUCGCAUCGAAACAUGCUCAACGAACACAAACAGAGUACCUAGCCAACGUCCAGCCUGGUGAUACACGCGGCCAGCUGCGCUGGGCUAUGAAACUGUCGCGGUUCCUUCCGCCAAUUGCAGACGUCGCGUUUCUCAACGUCUUGAUGCUUCGAGAGCUUCUCCGGUACAUUCUGUCGCGUUAAAUUAUUCGUCAGACAUCUUCGAGCACGUAUGUUGAUCGUGAAGUAGUG